UCCCGGUUUGUGCGUUGUUGUUUCGUGAAUUACAGCGAUGGCGCAAACGGUUCUUGGGAAGAUAGCGUCGGUGUCGCUGGAGAAUUUUGUGACUUAUGACUCGGUGGUGUUUUAUCCGGGGGACUACCUCAACAUAAUCCUCGGCCCAAAUGGCGCGGGCAAAUCUGCGAUCGUCGCGGGGAUCGUCCUGGGAAUGGGCGGGAACUGUAAAGUCCUUUCCCGCUGCGAAAAUAUUGAUAGUUACAUUAAGAACGGAAAGGCCAGCGCCACAAUCCGCAUAUCCAUUUACAAGAGCCAACGACGAGACGUGCAGCGAUUCUGUCGUAUGUUUGACCACAGCCGGAAGGACACGUUCCAGAUCGACGGGACGACGGUUUCGCACCGGGCUUUCCUGGAGAAGAUCCGCUCGUACAACAUCCAAAUCGACAAUCUGUGCCAGUUCCUGCCGCAGGACCGUGUGCAGGACUUCACGAAGAUGAAUCCCCGGGAGCUGCUGCUCAACACGCAGUCCUCCGUAUGCCAGCCGCACAUGAACGAAUGGUUCUCUCUGCUAAAGACGAAACGGAGCGAGCAACAAAAGUCCGGCGCAGCGCGCGCCAACGGUGCAGAACAGCUACGGGAGCUCGAGGCUCGAUCCGGCGUUCUGGAGCAGCUGCUGGAACAGAACCGUGCACGGCAGGAGUUCGAGGAACAGAUCCGGGUCUGCAUGGCGUGCAAGCUGUGGAUGGAGUAUGAGGAUCUGUUCCGGCUGUACACCACCACGAAGAAGGAUCAACAGGACGCUAGCGAAUUGGUGCGAACGAAAGAGAAGGCGUACCGCAAGUGCCAAAAAGAGAUGUCCGCUAUCAUGGCCAGGAAGGAGGAACUGCAACGCGGCAUGACCCAAGAGACGACGUGCGCUCAAGAGUGCACCGACGAAAUCAAUCGGCUGGAGGAGCAAACGGAAGAGAUAGAAGACGACAUCCGGCGACGGAAGCGGGAGCUGCAGGAUGCCCUCUCUAAGGCGGAUGAGUGUCGCACCGAGCUGGAGGACGCAAAGAUGAUCCUGAGCGCGUUUAUUCAAGAUUGCGCUGACGCUGCGACUGCGCUCGGAUCGGAGGAACAGAUUAAUGGACAAAUCAAUGCAUUUAAAGCUGCCGAAGGGAAGGUACGGGAAGACUACGAUCUGCACAUCGAACGACGGCAGGAGUUGAAUCAAAAGAUCGACAGCGAGCUCAAACCGGAGAUGAUGAGCAUUCAGCGCAGUAUUGACACGAUCGAAAAUGAAGCCAACAAUCGGUUGCGUUUGCUGCAGGCUCGGUUCGAGGGAACCUUCCGGGCGAUCAUGUGGCUGCGGGACAAUACUCACCGUUUCAACGGCAGAAUAUAUGAACCCGUGAUCUUGGAGCUCAACGUACCGGUACAGGCGAACGCAGUUUUCCUCGAGAAUACCAUCGGUAUCCGGGACCUGAUUGCGUUUACCUGCGAGCAGACAGAGGACAUGAAUUUGUUCCUGCGGAUAAUACGUGAAGAACUCAAGAUCCCAAGUGUGAACGCUAUUCACAGUGCGGCGUCUGAUUGUCUCCUUUGGAACCCAAAGUACCCGAUCGCAAGCUUGAGAUCAUUCGGAUUUCAUUCCUACCUCAUCGACAUGGUGGAAGGACCUUUUCCGGUGCUCAAUGGAUUGUGCAAGCUUUACAAUCUUCACAACAUUCCCGUCGGUAGCCCAGAGUCGGCCAAGCACGUGAACUCGCUCCCGGACGUGAUUAGCGUCUUCUUCACCGCGACGAAUCGCUUCCAGGUUUCGAAAUCACGCUACACAAAUGAAAAGUCCACCCGGAGCGAUGUGCUGCAGGUGCGCAAUCUGUUAAACCAAUCCACGGACGUAAAGUUGCUGGACGAGAAACGGGCGCAGCUGAAACGGCUGGUGAAUCAUUGCGAUAAGAUCCGGAAUGCGCGGGGCCAGAUCGAAAACCACAUCAAAGAGCUGCAGGAGAAGUGUGUCGAAUUUCAGAACAAGCAGCGGGAUCUGCAGGAAAAGCUGGGUAAAUACCAGCAAACCAAGCUCAAAGUGAGGCGACAACAGCAAAAGUGCGAUCAGCUGACACAACGGCUUAUCAAUGUGUCGGAAGAGAAGGGAAAGUUUGAGAAAUCCUGCAACACCUUGCUGAAAAAGAUUAUGCAAGGGCAGCGUGAUAAGGUGAGCGCGCUGGUGAAGUACGUUGGAGCCAUCACCAAGUACGACGUACUGCAGGAAAGGUUGCGCAUCUAUCAGGAACAGAACAACGAACUUGAAGGCAACCUACGGUCCAUGGAGGAUGCGUAUAAAUCCGCCAAAAAGACGCUCGAUCUGGUGCAGCGUAAAUUUGACCUUAUCCAGGAAAACCUGAAGCGAAAGAACGGUGAAGCACGAGCACUGACGGAUGGCAAGACACCGAACAAGCCAGAUUUUCCAUACCGAGAACAGUUCGAAGCACUUCCCAAGGAACUCGAAGCACUCGAGGCGCAUCUAGAUGAGCUGCGCGUACGGUUCGAGUGUCUACCCGAAGCGAAUCUCGAGGCAGCGGGGGAAUACGAACAGAAGCAGCAAGAAAUAGACCAGCUGCGAAAGGCAAUGGACCGAGUGACACGCAAUGUUGAAUCGCUAGAUAAGGAGAUCAAAGAAACGCAUGCCCAUUGGUAUCCGGAGAUAUGUCGCAUUGUGCAAGACAUUAACCGACAGUUUUCUAACUUUAUGAGUCGAAUGGGUUUCGCCGGUGAAGUCGAAUUGAUUCGUCAGGAAGAGUACGAUUACGAUGAGUACGGUAUCCGGAUCUUUGUCAAGUAUCGAAACUCGGAGAAGUUGUGUGCCCUCGAUCGGAAGCUGCAAUCGGGUGGUGAGCGGGCGGUUGCAAUUGCGAUCUAUACCCUCUCGCUUCAGCAUCUAACGCAGGUGCCCUUUCGAUGCGUGGAUGAGAUCAACCAAGGCAUGGAUCCCACGAACGAGCGCAAAGUGUUUGACAUGCUGGUGGCCGAGACGUGCCGCGAGGGCCAAUCGCAAUACUUCUUUGUGACACCCAAGCUACUACCUCACCUCCGGUACGACGAGAAGAUGACCAUCAACAUUGUGCACAACGGAAAGUACAUCGAAAGCCCGGACGUCUUUCAUACGCAACGUGCCUGAACACGUCCUCUUGCCAUUCCUACUUACUUUCCAUAACUGAAUUGUUCUCAGUUUCUUCACAAUACUCCUCGAAUAUUUGGCAUUGAAUUUUAUUGAAUUUGGACAAAUAAAUUA